CUAAAAUUCUCACUUAGCUUAGUAAUAACUCAAGGAUAUGUAUUUACUUUAGUGAAUUAAUUUUUAGAGCUAUUUUUCGUGUUGAAGAAGUUGGAGUUGAGGAUAUUACAUCGCUCAUUCUUUUCCUCUGAUUGAAUGAUUUUCGUUUCGUAUCUUGGGAAUUGCAAGUUUAAUAAGAAACUGCAACGGUUAUGAUGAACCGCAUUUAUCACAAUUCGUGUGCUGAUGCAACCCUGUGUAAACAGCCCUUAUGGGCGCAAAAAAAAGAGGAAGAUUGUAUAUAGUUAAAACAGCUGACAAUCGGCAUCAUAAGGUUGUAUAGCUAUUGACAAACCCAAAUAAAUGGACAGUGAACCGAAAAAGGGCGGUUCCGAUGCAGGAAAGGAGAAGUCCAACUCGGCUGGCGGUUCUCUUGGCAAUGUCAGCAACUUUGCACCCAAUCGCUGGGUAAAGUUGAAUGUUGGUGGUCAGGUAUACGCCACCACUAUUGACACUCUGGUAGGCAGGGAGCCGGACUCGAUGCUGGCACGGAUGUUUCUACAAGAUGGCCGCAUGAUGCCCAGUGAACGGGACGAACAAGGAGCAUAUCUAAUUGAUCGGAGUCCUCGAUAUUUCGAGCCUAUUAUCAACUACCUCCGCCAUGGUCAAUUCGUCUGCGACUCAAACAUCAGUGUGCUGGGCGUUCUGGAGGAAGCUCGAUUCUUUGGCAUCUUCUCUCUCGUCACUCACUUGGAGGAGCGCAUGGGGCAGCAGGAUGCGUCAUUGGAAGACAAGCCACUUACGCGUAACGACGUCGUCAAAGCCAUCAUUCAGACCUCCGUGAUUACGGAGCUUCGCUUUCAGGGUGUCAAUCUUUCAGGGGCUGAUCUUCGAAAGCUGGAUUUUCGCAAUAUCAACUUUAAGUACGCAAACAUGUCGCACUGCAAUUUGUCACACACCAAUCUUAACUACUGUUGCCUAGAGCGAGCUGAUCUGCAGUACGCCAAUUUGGAAUGUGCACAACUAGUAUCCGUGCGCGGACUUUGCGCUAACAUGGAAGGUGCCAAUUUGCGUGGGUGUAACUUUGAAGAUCCAACAGGAGUUCGAACCAAUUUAGAAGGUGUUAACCUCAAAGGAGCGUGCCUCGAAAGCAGCAACAUGGCAGGCGUUAAUUUGCGUGUAGCAAAUUUGAAGAACGCAAAUAUGAAAAACUGUAAUUUGCGAGCUGCUGUCUUAGCAGGAGCAGACUUGGAAAAGUGCAAUCUUUCAGGCAGCGACUUACAAGAGGCAAAUUUGCGUGGUGCAAAUUUAAAGGACGCAGAGCUUACUCUAAUGGUGACGCCGUUACACAUGUCACAAGCCAUACGAUAAAUUAUAUGACGGGACGGUCUCUUGUGCAAUUACAUAUCAUGUCAUGGCUUCAAAUGAUUAUACCUAAUAAGUUUAAGUUAUAUGAGUGUAAAUAUUUCUGAAUUUGACUAUAGUAUUUAAAAUAAACAGUAUUAGGAUUACAAUUCCUAAAA